GCCCACUACCCACUAAAACAACCACUGAUUAGCCGGCAAUAAUAACCGAGCAUUCAUCAAUUUUCCCGACGAAAUAAUAAUAUAAAUGCACAAUGCACAUGCCAUUAUUUCGUUAACCUAAAACAUGCGGGCUGUGGUUAUUUAGUUAUUCAUACCGAUACUGGAUACAGUUUAUUUGUUAUAAAAGUAGUUCGGACAAUAUCGUUUUUAAUUUCUCACAAUAUGGCGAGCAACAUAGCAAUAGGAAUCGAUUUGGGAACGACAUUUUCCUGUGUGGGAGUCUGGCAAAACGGCAGAGUGGAAAUCAUUGCCAACGAUCAAGGAAACAGGACCACCCCGAGUUAUGUAGCGUUUACGGACUGUGAACGGUUAAUUGGAGAAGGGGCCAGAAAUCAAGUGGCCAUAAAUCCUCACAACACCGUGUUUGAUGCCAAAAGAAUGAUCGGACGGCGAUUCGACGACGAGAAGAUACAAGAGGACAUGAAUCAUUGGCCUUUUAAAGUCGUUGAUGAUGGAGGCAAACCUAAAAUUCAAGUAGAACAUCUGGGCGAACAAAAAAUGUUGACCCCCGAAGAGAUCAGCUCAAUGGUGUUGGUGAAAUUGAAGGAGACGGCCGAAGUGUACUUGGGACAACAAGUCACAGACGCAGUCAUCACCGUUCCGGCUUACUUCAACGACUCGCAGAGACAAGCCACAAAGGACGCCGGUAAGAUUGCAGGUCUAAAUGUACUAAAGAUCUUAGUGGAACCUACAGCGGCAGCUCUAGCUUAUGGCUUGGACAAGAAUGUAAAAGAUCAGCGAAAUAUAUUAGUAUUUGACUUGGGCGGUGGUACUUUUGAUGUGUCUAUUUUACAAAUCAACAAUGGUAAUGUUUUUGAGGUGAAAUCUACUGCCGGUGACACUCAUUUGGGAGGCGAAGACUUUGACAAUAUAUUAGUGGCACAUUUAGCUGAAGAAUUUAAACGAAAAUACAAAAAGGAUGUUAUGAGUUGUCCCAGAGCCUUAAGGCGUCUUCGAGUAGCAGCCGAAAGGGCCAAAAAAUCCUUGUCCUCCAGUACUCGAGGUUCCAUUGAUGUUGAUGCGCUAAUAGACGGUAUAGAUUUCCAUACAAUAAUUUCCCGUGCUCGGUUCGAUGAACUCUGCGGAAAUUUAUUCAGAUCGACCCUUGAACAUGUAGAUAAAGCGUUGAUGGAUGCUGAGCUCGACAAAAGUUCGAUUCAUGAUGUUGUAUUGGUUGGCGGGAGCAUAAGGAUAUUAAAGAUUCAGUCUUUACUACAAACAUACUUCUGUGGUAAGACACUUAACUUAUCUAUUAAUCCCGAUGAAGCUGUAGCAUAUGGUGCUGCUGUUCAAGCUGCCAUUCUUAGUAAGGAACCAAGUUUUUUAAUUAAAAAUCUAACGCUUAUUGAUGUCACACCACUAUCGUUAGGAAUGAGAAUACUUGAAGGUUCUAUGUCUAUCAUAAUACCACGAAAUGCUCCUAUUCCUUGUAAAAAGGCUAAUGAAUACACUACUACAGUAAAUAACCAAAUGGCAGUCGAUAUUUAUGUGUUCGAAGGAGAGAGAAUACUUUGUAAAGACAAUAAUCUAUUAGGUUCAUUUACAUUAACUGGAAUAGAGCCGGCUCCUGAAGGCGUACCGAAAAUUGAAGUAAUUUUUGAUAUUGAUGCAAAUGGUAUUUUAAAUGUUACAGCUACAAGUAAGAAAAAUGGAUGUACUAAUAGCAUUGUCAUCAAAAAUGAAAAAGGUAGAUUAUCUACUGAAGAAAUCGAGCUUAUGAUUAUGGAGGCUGAAAAAUAUAAAGCACAAGAUGAAAAACAAAGAUCCAAUCUCAAAGCCAGAAAUAUUUUGGAAAACUUCGUUUAUGAUAUGAAACAAGCGUUGGAUAAUGCAGGAGAAAGACUUAACCAGUCUGAAAAAACUAUUGUGAAUCAUGAAUAUGAUUUAGUCAUACAAUGGUUAGAUGACAACCAUUUAGCUGAAAAAGAAGAAUAUGAACAUAAAUAUAAAGAAAUCCAAAACAAUGUAUCUAAAUUAAUGAAGAUUAUACAAUAACAACAAAUGGUAAUAAAUGACCCAUUUUAAACAUAUGUGUUAAAUUAAUAAUGUGUGUUAAAAAAGUAAUAAUGCCUCCAUGUAUUUAAUAAGUAUGGUAAAAAAUAAACACUUAUAUUAUUAUUAUUGUG